AGGAACAACCAAAAUGAGUUUCGAAUUUACAGAUAAAACAUCGUCCUCCAUUGCUGCUGCACAUCAGCUAGCAAAGGAUUAUGCAAACGCUCAAGUUCAUCCCGCUCAUAUUGCGUCCGCCCUGCUCAAUGAGGGUGCAGGGGAACCUUCCAUGCCAGGAGGAUUGUCCGGUGGUAACUCUGGGGCCUCUUUGUUCUCUUCUGUGAUUCAAAAAGCAGGCGGAGAUCCGGCUAUCAUCAAACGAGGUUUACAGAAAAUAAUCGUCCGUCUGCCGGCACAAAACCCGCCUCCUGACGAAGUCACUCUCAGUGCUGGUGCAAUCAAAGUACUACGAGAGGCUCAGUCCCUCCAACAGACGAUGCACGAUUCUUAUAUCGCCCAAGACCACAUACUUCUAGCUCUCGUCAAAGAUUCUACCAUCGCAGCCGUACUUAAAGAGGCUAGUCUCACGGAGGCGUCACUAAAGACUGCAAUUCAACAAACAAGAGGUAACAGACGCGUGGAGAGUAAAAGCGCUGAGGCUGGUUUCGACGCGUUGCAGAAGUACGCCAUUGAUCUAACAGCGCUUGCAGAGGAGGGCAAAAUCGAUCCGGUAAUUGGCAGAGAUUCAGAGAUUCGCAGAGUCAUUCGAAUUCUUUGCAGAAGAACGAAAAACAACCCUGUUCUCAUCGGUGAACCUGGAGUAGGCAAAACGUCCAUAGCCGAAGGCUUAGCACAACGUAUCGUAAAUCGUGAUGUGCCCGCAAGUCUCCUCAGCCGUCUUUACUCCUUGGACAUGGGUGCACUUAUGGCUGGCGCAAAAUAUAAGGGUGAAUACGAAGAGCGCAUCAAGAGUGUUCUCAACGAAGUUGAAAAGUCCACAGAAGAAGGUGUUGGGGUCAUACUUUUCAUCGACGAACUUCACCUGAUCAUGGCCGGACGCGGAUCUGAAGGUGGCGGCAUGGACGCUGCAAACCUUUUUAAGCCCCUCUUGGCCAGAGGAAAGUUGAGAUGCAUUGGCGCAACGACGCUGGCGGAGUACAGGAAAUACAUCGAAACGGAUGCUGCACUUGAACGCAGGUUUGCUCAGGUUCUGGUGAACGAACCUUCAGUGCCAGAGACGAUCAGCAUUCUGCGAGGCAUCAGGGAGAAAUACGAGGUUCAUCAUGGUGUUAGAAUUUUGGACGGAGCAUUGAUAUCUGCAGCGACUUUAGCGCACCGCUACCUUACUUCGCGACGUUUACCUGAUGCUGCUAUUGAUCUGGUUGAUGAAGCUUGCGCAAGUGUUCGUGUGACCAGAGAAACAGCUCCCGAAGCCAUCGACAAACUUGAUAGGCGCAAACUUGAACUAGAGGUGGAAAUUCAUGCUCUAGAGCGAGAAAAAGAUCAGGCAAGCAAAGAUAGACUUGUCACAGCUCGAAAGGCGAUUGCAGACGUCGAUGAACAAUUGCAACCACUAAAAGCAGCGUAUGAGAUAGAGAAAAAGAGAGGUGACGAGGUUAAUGAAGUACGGAGGAAGAUCGAUGAGUUGAAAGCAAAAGCUGACGAAGCAGAGAGAAGGUAUGAUUUAGCCACUGCCUCUGAUCUGCGUUACUACGCUCUCCCGGAUCUUCAGUCACGUUUGCAGCAGUUGCAAGCUAAGAAAGCCGAAGAAGAUGAGACUAUGGGAGGAGGUACCGACACUGUCACGCCCGAGCAGAUCGCGGAGAUCGUAGGACGCUGGACAUCAAUACCUGUCACUCGCCUUAUGUCCACCGAAAAGGAGAAGCUUUUGCGUAUGGAGCGAAUUCUCGCUGGGAGUGUGGUCGGGCAGCCAGAAGCUGUCAAAGCCGUUGCCAACGCAAUAAGACUGUCGAGGAGUGGGCUUUCUAACUCCCAGAGGCCUAUUGCCAGCUUUUUAAUGGCGGGUCCAUCGGGUACCGGGAAAACGUUGCUAAGCAAGACGCUUGCUACCUUACUUUUUGACUCUCCAGAUGCUAUGAUCCGUGUAGACGGCUCGGAGUACUCUGAGAAACAUUCUAUUGCACGUCUCAUUGGAGCACCUCCAGGUUACGUGGGGCACGACUCAGGUGGACAACUUACUGAAUACGUCAGGCGCAAGCCAUAUUGUAUCAUCCUGAUUGACGAGAUUGAAAAGGCUUCACGCGAAUUCGUGACACUCUUCCUGCAAGUCCUCGACGACGGGCGGUUGACUGAUGGUCAGGGUCGCGUGGUGGACUUUAGAAAUACUGUCAUCAUCAUGACUUCGAAUCUGGGCGCAAUGUACCUGAAUGACAUGGGUGAGGGCCCUGUCAAUGCAACAACGAAAGAGCUCGUCAUGAGUUCCAUUCAAGCACACUUCCCACCCGAGUUCAUUAACCGAAUAGACGAGGUUGUUAUUUUCCGUACACUUUCGAGGAAGAAUGUACUCAAGAUCGUCGACCUUCGGCUCAAAGAAGUCCAGGAACGGCUUGCUGAUCGGAAGAUGAAGUUAGAAAUCGACAACGAGGCCAAGCAGUAUCUGAUGUCUAUUGGUUACUCGACAACGUAUGGUGCUCGCCCGCUGAACCGUGCUAUCCAGAGUGAGCUUUUAAACCCGCUGUCAAUCUUGUUAUUGUCGGAUCGUGUGCGUGAUGGCGAGACAGUCAAUGUACACUUCGAUGGGCCUCGUAAUAGGCUGCAUAUUGUGCCGAACCACGAGGCAACUGGUAAUGAGGAGAUGGACGUGGACUGGGAAGAUGAUAUUGACGACAUUAUUGAUGUAGAAGAGAUGGACUAAACAUGGUAUGACCCUUUGGACCCAAAACCAAGUUGUAUUCUAAUAAUCGUACAAUGUAUUCGCUAUAUUCGCUAUGCAAGUAUCAUGUACAGUACUAGUAUAUCCUUUCAAUUUCAGUUUCAAUGCUAAAAAAAGCAAACCUGAUUUGUGUGGGUAUUGUGAACCGAAGCACUUUUAUAUUCGCAUCGUAGCACUGUGACCGUUUUGUAGAAUUAAAUGUAUAUCAGUCAUAGACAUGGCUCACUUUAUGUCAUCAAACUACAAAAAACUCGGAAACCUGGGAAUAUGGCCCGGGGGAGAAGGGAAACUGUCGAGACUAACAGAAGCAUCACUGAAACUCCUUGCUACACCCAACCCAAAUUCCUCCUCAAUAUGCCGUUUCGUCUUCGAGUCCAAGGAGCUACGUUCGGAAACACUCUUCGUAAGCUUUGGGUCUGAAUACUGAUCCGUGAAAGAGUGCAGAUGAGGAUUAGAGCUGAGAGAGCCGAGAAUUCCAUGGAGACUCCGCCUAUCUCUGGGGUUACCAUGUAUUUCGAGAGAAAUCAGGGUUGCCUUGUUCAUCUGCAUGCUUCUCGUCUGCACCCUCCUCAACUCAAAGACUUCCUCAGGCGGGCAAUCGGCAUCGCAAUCUGUCUCGGUAUCCAAAGACGUCAUAGAUGACCUUAUCGAGUCGUCCAGAGACAUCCUACUGUCUUGUACUUCGUACGUCGUGGUCCCAGUAGACAUUGAAUUAUCAUGCUCAUCGCGUAAUUCAUCGAGGCUGUCGUCCGCUAAAGAGUUCUGCAAGCAGGCUUCCACAGCUAGAGUGCUAUCUGGGUCCGAGUACAUGCUGAAGUAGGAUCUUGUAAUGAAAUUUGGGCUCAUAGGUAAAUCCAUAGAAGUGGAGACAAGGGUAAGAGGUCUCUGUAUCGCGAGGCCUAGAGCAAGCGCUACGUCGCUAACGCUGUCGUGGUAGUAUUCCUCCACUUCAGAUUCUUCAGGUAUGCUAUGUAGUCCGAGUCGUGGGUAUGUCAAACGACCUAACUGGGUGUCGUGGCAUUCGUCCCAAUCGAAUGUCGAAUUGAACGUUGAUUGUGAUUCUCCCU